UGUUUACGUCAAUGAGCAAAUGGAAAAAGGUGGAUUUAAGAUUAUUGUAUGUAUAUAAACUUCUUCUACAAAUCAAACAAUGAAAUCCCUCUCUCUUUUUUGAGGAUUGCAUUCCAAAAUUCCCCAAUGGCCAAUUCCAACACUCUGCCUCUCUAUGAAAAAGUUGGAAUCAAAAGAACAAUUCAUAGAGCAAUGGAUAUUACAAUAUUAUCCCUCUUGAUUAUACUCCUCAGCUAUCGUAUGUUGUUCAUCCACAGCCAUGGCUUGUGUUGGCUCCAAGUCAUUGCCUUGUCGUGUGAGUCAUGGUUCACUUUCAUCUGGAUCCUCCUCGUCGCCACCCGUUGGAGCUUUUUCGACUACAAAACAUACCCUCACCGCCUUCUCAAGCGGGAGGAGGAGCUUCCACCAGUGGACAUAUUCGUGACCACGGCGGAUGCAGAGCUGGAGCCGCCAAUAAUCACCGUCAACACGGUGUUGUCUUUGUUGGCAGUUGAUUAUCCGGCUGAAAAACUUGCUUGUUACGUCUCCGACGACGGUGGUUCUCCGAUUACCUUCUAUUCUCUGUCCGAAGCGCUGAAAUUCGCUAGAAUUUGGGUUCCUUUUUGCAAGAAGUACAAGGUUCAAGUUAGAGCUCCUUUUAGAUUCUUUAACAGUAAUAAUAAUAAUGACGACGAUUAUUUAGUCUCCGAUAGCUCGCCGGAGUUCCGCCAUGAGUGGAAGAAAAUGAAGGAGGAGUACGAGAAGGUGAGGCAGAGAAUUGAGGAAGCUGCCCUACGUGACCUGACCGGAGAGCUGCCCCACUUUUGCAAUAUGAAAUCGAAUAAUCACCCUCCCAUUAUUAAGGUGAUAUGGGAGAACAAGGAAGCAGCUUAUGAUGGAUUGCCUCAUUUAAUUUAUGUAUGUAGAGAAAAAAUACCCAAACAUCAACAUCACUACAAGGCUGGGGCCAUGAACGUUUUGACUAGAGUAUCUGGAUUGAUGACGAAUGCUCCUUAUAUGUUGAACGUAGAUUGUGAUAUGUUUGUGAAUAAUCCCAAUAUUCUCUUACAUGCUAUGUGUCUUCUUCAAGAUCCAAUAAUUGACAAAGAAUAUGCUUUUGUUCAAUUUCCUCAAAGUUUCUACAACGGACUUAAGGAUGAUCCCUAUGGAAACCAAUUUCAUGUUCUGCUCGAGUUUAUAAUUCGUGGAGCGACAGGGCUUCAAGGCCCGUGCUACAUGGGGACAGGAUGUAUUCAUCGACGAAAAGUCUUGUAUGGUCAAUCUCCAGAUGGUACAAAUAUUUUUGGAGGAAGUGAUGUGAACAAUGAUGAGUUAUUGCAAAAGACAUUUGGAAAAUCUGAGAAUUUAAAGAAGUCAGUCAUUCAUACUUUAAGAGGUACUACACAUUAUCCAACGACUCGUCCAUUGGACUCCCAUUAUUCCCUAGGAGCAUUGAAGGAGGUUGCAAGUUGUGAUUAUGAAUACAAUUCUAGCUGGGGUGCAGAAGUGGGUUGGGUAUAUGGAAGUGCAACAGAGGACUUGUUAACCGGAAUGACAAUACACAAAAAGGGUUGGAAAUCAGUUCUUGUUUCACCAAAUCCAAAGGCAUUUUUAGGAUUUGCUCCUUCAGGAGGGCCAACUUCUCUAAGGCAACAAAAGAGAUGGGUUACUGGCCAACUUGAAGUUUUAUUCAGCACAAAAUCUCCCAUUUUUGGUCUUAUUUUUGACAAACUUCAACUUAGGCAAUGCAUGUUCUAUCUUUGGAUUUCGCUUUGGGGAAUACGUUCCAUUCCUGAGCUUCUCUAUUCUCUUCUUCCUCCUUAUUCUCUCAUUGCCAACUCUCCUUUCUUCCCCAAUGUACAACAACCAGCUGCAUGCAUACCACUUUUACUCUUUGCCAUCUACAACUUGCAACAACUAUUACAAUACUUGGAGGUUGGGCAAUCAAUUAGGGCUUGGUGGAACAACCAAAAAAUGGGAAGAGUAAACACAAUGUCUGCCUAUUUAUUUGGAUUUAUAGGCAUUUUGCUUAAGCUUUUAGGUUUAUCAGAAAAUAUGUUCGAGGUAACAAAGAAGGGAUCGUCUUCUUCAAAUGAUGAUGGUGAAAUGGAAGAAGAUUCGAGUCGAUUCACAUUUGAUGAUUCAUCGUUGUUCGUGCCAGCCACGACAAUUUUGAUAAUACAGUUGGUGGCACUUUCAAUCGGUUUGUUGAGAUUAGUGGAGGCAAAUCAUGUUAUUGAAGAAGUUAUGGUGGGGGAGAUGAUAUGCAGUGUGUGGUUGAUUUUGUGCUUUUGGCCAUUUUUGAAGGGGAUGCUCGCAAAGGGAAGAUUUGGAAUUCCUUGGCCAACCUUGUGCAAGUCUAUUUCUUUGACAUUAUUGUUUGUGUCCGUUAUGUUGAAGAACUAAGUAGUGUAAGAGUUUAAUUAUGAACAUUUAUUACUUUUUUUUAAGGAUAUUUACAAAUUCCAUAAUUUCAACAUCAAGAGACUAAAUUGACACGGAUUAGUAAUUAUAAUAGGGAUCUAAAUUUUAUUGUAUAUUAAUUAAUUGGAAUGGAAGUUAAUGUAGUAGAUUGUAUAUGAUCUAGAUUAUAUUGACAUCAAUAAUUACCACCAAAAGGUUGA